AUGGAGCAGUGGAAGCAGCUGAAACAGGCAGGGCUGGUGCCCCUGGGGUUGGGCCCACCCCCGAGGGCUUUGACAGGGGUGCCUCCAGAAGGGAUACCUGGCCAGAUCUUCUUCUCCCCAGAGAUGGAUACUGAAGGUAUCAGAGAGAGACUGCUGUGGAUCUGGGAAGAGCUGGGAAACCUCCGCCGAGCGGAUGUCCAGCUGCUGGGCCAGCUGUGCAGUCUGGCUCUGGAGAUGAGCGUGCUUCGGGAGGAGCUGGAUGCCAUCAUGGAAGAUGAGGAGGAGAGUGGUGAGGAAGAGGAGGAUGGGGAGCCCCAGAGGAAGCAGGAGGGAGAAGACUUGGGGGCCUCCUGCCUGACCACACCCACGCGCCUCCCUGACUUUGAGAUGACUAUCUGA